ACCAUAACUCAAUACUCAUCAAUUCUCACUGUUCAUUCAUCUUCCUUAAUUUCUCGUUAACUAGUCAUGUCGAGCACAGCUGCCCACGUCAUCAAAUGCAAAGCCGCGGUUGCAUGGGAGGCUGGGAAGCCACUGGUGAUUGAAGAAAUAGAGGUAGCGCCACCACAGGCUGGUGAAGUGCGUUUGAAGAUCCUCUACACCUCUCUUUGCCACACUGAUGUUUACUUUUGGGAAGCUAAGGGCCAGACUCCAUUGUUUCCUCGUAUAUUUGGUCAUGAAGCUGGAGGGAUUGUGGAGAGCGUAGGUGAGGGUGUGACCCAUCUGAAACCAGGAGACCAUGCCCUCCCUGUGUUCACUGGGGAGUGUGGGGAAUGCUCACAUUGUAAGUCGGAGGAGAGCAACAUGUGUGAUCUGCUAAGGAUAAACACGGAUCGUGGUGUCAUGAUCAAUGACAACCAAUCAAGAUUCUCUAUAAAUGGAAAACCCAUCUACCAUUUUGUCGGUACCUCUACAUUCAGUGAAUACACUGUGGUCCACGCUGGAUGUGUUGCAAAGGUCAACCCUGCUGCUCCACUUGAUAAAAUCUGUGUCCUCAGUUGUGGAAUAUGCACAGGUCUUGGAGCUACUGUCAAUGUUGCUAAACCAAAACCUGGUUCUUCUGUUGCCAUUUUUGGACUUGGAGCUGUUGGCCUUGCUGCUGCUGAAGGGGCAAGGAUUUCUGGUGCAUCAAGAAUCAUUGGGGUUGAUUUAGUUUCCAGCAGAUUUGAAGAAGCUAAAAAGUUCGGGGUCAAUGAGUUUGUGAACCCAAAAGAUCAUGACAAACCUGUACAAGAGGUAAUUGCUGAAAUGACAAAUGGAGGUGUGGAUCGUGCUGUUGAAUGUACUGGCAGCAUCCAGGCCAUGAUCUCAGCUUUCGAAUGUGUCCACGAUGGUUGGGGUGUUGCUGUACUUGUUGGAGUGCCAAACAAAGAUGAUGCAUUCAGAACUCAUCCUAUGAAUUUCUUGAAUGAGAGAACUCUUAAGGGUACCUUCUAUGGUAACUACAAACCCCGCACUGAUCUUCCUAGUGUUGUGGAAAAGUACAUGAAAGGGGAACUAGAAAUUGAGAAAUUCAUCACCCACACAGUUGCAUUCUCUGAGAUUAACAAAGCUUUUGAUUAUAUGUUGAAAGGGGAGUCCAUCAGAUGCAUCAUUCGAAUGGGAGAGUAAAAGUAAAAAACAAUGAUGAAUUAGUCCCAGUUGGUGAAGGGGGUUCUCUUUGUGGUUGUGAAAGAAAAAAUAAAUUUCUUGUGUAAUCCCUUUAGGAUUAUUGAAUUUGUGAAAGUUGGAAUGUAGAGAAUGAUAGAGCCUUUGCCGCUGGGAUUGUCUGAUGCUGGAUAAAUAAAAUGUUUUUGUCAAUUUGUUGUUCUUGUAGUAAUUAAAGUGAUUUUGGUAUAAAACAAUACAUGUACCUUUCUUCAGUGGUUUUGGUAAAAUAAUUGUUGCUUCU